AAAAAAAAAACUAAUAAAAAGGACAAAUUGGUAUCAAAAUUGGUCAUCCGUCAACCUCAUUCUUACUGGUUAAAGGGAGCGGUUCAACGGCAGUAUUUCCCGGCUAAAUAGGUUUUCUGAUGCCACACUUGAAUUGAAGGGACCCGCAGUACAUUGUGUACGUAAAUAGUAUUGAACUUGUUAGCUGAUCAGGUCUUCUGGAGAAGAUCUGAGAGCGGAAUUUGUGAAAAUAAAAAUGAGCGCUUCGAGAUUCAUAAAGUGCGUCACGGUGGGUGAUGGUGCGGUUGGCAAGACCUGUCUUUUGAUUUCCUACACCAGCAAUACCUUCCCCACGGACUAUGUGCCUACUGUAUUUGAUAAUUUCAGUGCCAAUGUUGUCGUCAAUGGAAGCACUGUUAACCUAGGCCUGUGGGAUACCGCUGGACAGGAGGACUAUAAUAGAUUAAGACCUUUGAGUUACCGCGGAGCUGAUGUUUUCAUUUUGGCAUUUUCUCUCAUUAGCAAGGCUAGCUAUGAAAAUGUUUCCAAGAAGUGGAUUCCUGAGUUGAAGCAUUAUGCUCCUGGUGUCCCUAUAGUUCUUGUUGGAACAAAACUCGAUCUUCGAGAUGACAAACAAUUCUUUGUUGACCAUCCUGGUGCUGUACCAAUCACUACAGCUCAGGGGGAUGAGCUCAGAAAAAUGAUUGGGGCUCCUGCUUAUAUUGAAUGUAGUUCAAAAACACAGCUGAAUGUGAAAGGAGUUUUUGACGCUGCAAUAAAGGUUGUGCUCCAGCCACCAAAGCAGAAGAAAAAGAAGGGAAGGGCUCAAAAGGCCUGCUCUAUAUUGUGAGGAUACCAUGGUGCAUCGUAAUUGUAUUCCUCUCCCUUACCUCUUUUUAUCUUCCUUUGCCUCGUAGGAAGUGGGAGGUCGUCUUCUAUGUUAAAAUGUCGGUGACUUGGUCACCUUGUAGUACUCUUGGUAUCGAUUGUCGAGUCAAACUGUAGCUACUUUGUUGCUCUUGGUAUCAAUUGUUGGUGUCUCAGUUUUUUAUUUUUAUGCAUUCAUGGAACAAAAAUUCCUUUUUGAACACAUUUGCCUUGCGACGUUGUCUUAUAUUAUUUAGUUCUUAUGAAUGUCAAAGCAAAAUACAUGGUGCAAUUCCAUUUGUUA